CCAAAACUGACUGACCUGUUACAUUAUUGUUUGGAAACUGACUACACAUGGAUAAAGCUCUAGUUUUGGAUGUACCACGAAUACAGAUAAUGAAGCUACACCUAGGGGCACUAAUCCUUGCAGUGCUUGUUAUGACCUGUUACACUGUAGAUACAGACAAGGCAGAAACAGAAGUUAAAGCACCAUUAAAAAAGAGGGACAUUACAUUAGAAAGUGACAUAGAUAUCCCAGAUGAUGAGUAUAAGCGAGCAAAAUUUGUGGACUUUAAACGGGAACCGUAUUAUGGGUUCGAGAACCCAAGGCGAUAUCUAGACGACAGCGGGGAUACUUAUGAUUCGGAAAAACGUGCUAAGUUUAAUGACUUCAAGAGAGCGAAAUUCAACGACUUCAAAAGAGCAAAGUUCAACGAUUUCAAACGGGCGAAAUUCAAUGAUUUUAAAAGAGCAAAAGUUAACGACUUCAAACGAGCGAAGUUCAAUGAUUUUAAAAGAGCGAAAUUCAACGAUUUCAAGAGGGCAAAAUUCAAUGAUUUCAAGAGAGAAAUGGGGGGAUAUGGAGAACCGCCUUAUAUGGGAUAUCACGAUCUAGGACUGGAAGAAAAAAGAGCCAAAUUCUUUGAUUUCAAGAGAGUGCCAGGAACCUUUCUGGCGGACCCAUACGAAGAGGAUAUGAAACGAGCCAAAUUCAAUGAUUUCAAACGAGCCAAAUUUAAUGACUUUAAACGAGCCAAAUUCAAUGAUUUCAAACGGGCCAAAUUCAACGACUUUAAACGAGCGAAGUUUAAUGAUUUUAAAAGGGCCAAAUUUAAUGACUUCAAAAGAGCAAAGUUCAACGACUUUAAGAGAGCAAAGUUUAACGAUUUCAAACGGGAAAGUUACGACGAUGACUACUUGGUACCUUACGUAGACACUUACCCCGAGUUAGCUGGGUCUAGAGGAAAGAUAGUCGACUUUAAAAGAUCCAUAAGGGAAAGUGUACCCCAACACGAGACUGAGGCAACCGACACGAGUAUGCACUCGUAACAGGGCCAUAUAUAAUUGUUUGUUUCCAAAGCUUUGUCCAAAGCUCUACUUUAUGUUCAAUGAAUGAGUGGAUAAAAGUAAAAGCACCACAAAGAUGAGACAGGGAGAUAUUAGUUCAUAUAUUAAUAUACCACUUUAUCAGAGACAAUAGAAAACGCCUGUAUGAUGUCAUGUGGGUAGCGUGUUUUUGUAUGUUAAUCAUCGCUCGGUUGACUUUGCCGUCUCUCUUUAUGAAAUCAAAGUAUCAUAUGGAAAAGUUAGGCACAUCAUUAGCACAAGCAGAGGACAUAUAGUACUAGUAAACAAAACUGUAGACGGCGACACUGUAUCGAAUACCCUGGACAGUACAGAUCAAGAUCUUGCAUUUUUCACUUGUGUCUAUUAUUACGUAAUGUCGUGCUCAAGGGCGGAGGGCACGAGGUAACCUGAUUGGGCAGCAGCAGUGAAACCGGAAGCCGAACUUUAUUGCGCGGCGAUGGCAAAAAGCAAACAAUUUCUCAAGGACACAAUUCUUAUAUCUUGAAUAAAUCCGCUAGCGUGAAACCUCAAAUUUGGCAGUUAAGUUGAAACAAUUUCAGAGCGUGGACUUAACAUUUCAAAAAGCGUUCUAUUUUUUUUUUUCUUUUUUUUUUUGACGCAAAAUUAAAAUUAUCAGAGUGAAAGAAGGCGCUCAAUUCUGUGGAAAAGACAGCGACAGAAAGGAGAUUCCCGCAAGUCUAGGAAGGCUUCAACCCACAAAUGUCUAUUUUAAAUGUUUACGAUUGAAGUCAGAUUGAAGUAUUUGCUCUUUUUAAAUUAUUUAUAUAUUUAUUUAUUUUAUCUUAACUGUUGUAAAUAGUGUAUAACUAUACAUGCUUUGUGUUAAUAACUUAUAAGCUUCCUUCUGCAAGUUAGAAAUUAUCCAAUAGAAUACCACCAAGGGAAAACGUUCUUUCUGCUUCUGCGCUUUUUCAGUAUAACUCGUACUAACAUGUAGCCGAAUUUAACCAAUAGGUCAAUGCUACUGUCGGGGGACAUGUGACAAACAGAAGUUAGUUAAUAAAGUCCCGUCAGGGUGUGUAGAACGCUAGCGACCGAUAUCGCCCUGUUAUAUUGAAUUUACAAAUUAAGUAACAAAUUAAGUAACAGUGCUCCAUAUCCCAAAACCCUCGUGAUAAAUGAUUUCUAAAAUAUUUAUUUCCUCUAUUUUUGUAUUCCUAUUGUUGUCUUCUAAUGGUAAGAAGGCUGAAGGCAAAAACCUUAAAUACUUGGAG